AUGUCCACACACGCCAGGUCCCGCGUGAAUCCCACGAGUUUUUGUCCCGUCGUUCGUUUCCUCUUUCCAAUGAUUCCCCUUUCACCUCUUCCAAGGGCGAUCUUUAUCGCCGAUCUCAUCGUCCCCAUCGCACUCGAGUGGGGAGGGGGAGGCACCUAUAUAAACUGCGAGGAGAGUCGUCCCUCCAGAAGCGCGUCGAGAACGAGAGUGGAAGGACUUCCACCUGAUCAUCACGCAUCAUCUCCCCAAGCCAGGAACGCCCGACUGCCCAGGUUUGUUGAGUGCCUUGUCUUCUGGGUUGGAACUUACUUGAGAUUUGAGUGUCAUUGCGUUGAUUGCUUUUUCGGUGGGAUGCGGUUCUCUUCGGGGGACCCCGCACCACAACGCAGAAGUGAUGGCGCUUUCUCCAUCGUGAGGUGCCACGAAUGCCGACGGUCCUUGAGGGCAGAGCCUCAAGACCUCUUCGAUCGCAAGCGACCCCCUUCUCGGACGGGGGUCGCUGCGAAAGAAAAACCAGGUGAAGUUUAUUGGCUCGUGGUUAAUUCUCGUCCGUUCGAAACUGCAAUGGCGGCGUCGGUUCAUUUGGAUCUGCGCCGUUCCGCCGUGAGGAGAGCGCCGCCGCAUUUAAGGGAGCCACUGGACCCGCUUGAAUUCUCGAAGGCCGUGGAGGGUUCGACCAGGCUCUACAGGCGAAAGGCUUCUGCUUUCGAUCGAGAUCGACUGGUUGAACCGAUGCUGCGAUGUCCCUGCCCGUAUGUGGACCAGACCGGAGAACUUCGGCGGACCCGGAAGUGCGACGCAGACGGACGACUCUUCUUCGAGGGAAGAGAAGAAAAGCCAACACAGGGCGGCUGCUACUGCGAGAUCGAGGACCAGGAUCAAGCUGACGAGGAGAUGCAGACGUUGAAAACGACUGAAAACGUUGCUGCCGUUCCCGAGGGAAGAAGAGACUCCGAACUAUUGCAGGUCCUUGGACCAGCCACGAAUCCGGGAAGCGUCGUCGUCGAGCGUCGAUUCCUCGUCGUUACGCAGCUAGACCGGAAAACACACAGUGGAACCUGGCCGAAGUGAAACUGGCUCCAACGCCCCAUUCAAAAGACCGGCAUACAAGCACCAGGGCUCACGAAACCCACACAGGACAGAGCUGAUGGUGCUGAAAGAUAUGCGUGGCACGAAGGAGCGCCACCUCAUUCAGGUUUGGGGGCGAGGAUUAAAUUCCCGUGGAAGACAUUCGAGGCCGAAAUUGCGUGACCUGGCGCUGGCAAUUCAAAGAAAACAGACCUUUUUCGAGGCCGUCACUAAUAUUGGAAAGAACCUUUGCGGUGCCACGAGUCUGCCAGCGUUGCUUCGUGCAUCGAAGGCAUUUAGUGGCAUUAUUUAUUUUUUGACACUCGCUAUCUCUUGCCCUUCAUAUCAGCAUUUUAUUAAAUUCAGGUUAAUAAAGAAAUGCCCAUAUUUUUUUAAAGCCUUGUUUUCUCUGUUGGCCCAUUUCGGAAAAAAUCCUGAAAAAUAAUACGAAUCAAAAGUGA